AUGGAAAGGGAUCGAGUUGCUGGAUCUUGCAACUCCCCACCUUAUUUUGACGGAAAUAACUAUGCUUCAUGGAGAGAAAAAUUUGAGAUAUUUCUUGAUGCUCUUGAUGAGUAUGCAAAGGUGUUUGCUGCAUAUGCAAACAAGAAGGCCAGAAAUGCCUUAGUUACAGCCUUGUCUAGCACACAGUUUGCACAUAUACAACACAUCCCUAAUGCUAAACGGGCUUGGGAUAAACUAAGGGUGGUUCAUGAAGGGGAUGACCAAGUUAGAACCCUAAAACUUCAGAUGGUGCUUGCACAAUUUGAAGAACUUAGGAUGUCUGAAACUGAGUCUAUUUCUGAGUUCUAUGGGAGAAUGGAAAUGAUCACAAAUGAAGCCAUGAGUCUUGGUCAACCUAUUCAAGAGCUUCUUGUUGUUCAGAAAAUUCUUCGUGUUCUACCAUCUAGAUUUAGAGCAAAGAAAACCGCAAUCAUGGAGGUCCAAAACUUAAAUGAAAUUAAGCUUGGCAAGCUUGUAGGAAAAUUAAAAACCUAUGAGAUGGAGUUGAAUAUGGAAGAAAAUGACACUAAAGAAUCAAAAAGUGUUGCACUUCAUGGAGUGCAUGUUUCCUCUUUGAAAGGUGGUGAAAAAUCCUCAGAUUUUGAGGAUGAAAUGGCCUUGUUUGUCAAAAAAUUUAGGAGAAUUCUUAAGGAUAAGGGAAAGUUUGCUAGAGAGGGUAGCUCUGGUAGUGAGAGACAGUUUAGACCAUCAACUGAUCGGUCUAAUGAGAGGAACAAGGAUGUCAAACCUUUCACUAAAGACUUUAGAAAAUCUGUCAAGUGCUUCACAUGUGGAGGCAUUGGUCACUAUGCUGCUGACUGUGCAAACAAUUAG